CAUAGCGAUAUCAACUAAUCGCUCUUGCAUUCUUGCUGCCGCCAGCUGAGUUUACCAGAACCUACUUGCCCAUAGAUGAUAGAUAAUACAAUAUAUUGUACCUACCGUAGACGGCAUUUCGCAAUACUACAAUGUACUUUUUUUUGAUGUACAAUGUACAACCACUGUAGGUACUAUUGUAUUGUUAACUGUUCAAUGUCCAUGGCUGAGGACGAACACGUAUAGUAGUAUCGUACUAUCGUAGGCGGCGGCAGUGGUAGUGUUUGAAAGAAUGGCGGAGAAACAUCGAUAGUAACAGCGUACUAGCUGCUACUAUCGAUGGUUCUCUUGAAAUGAACGUUUUUCAAUUAUCCGAUUACGAUUUUAAUGUAUGUUGAUCAUACAAUGACUAUAAUAAAUAAUAAGUAAUAAUCGUUAUCAUAUUUACUACAGUUUUUUUUUUUUAUUUGGUACUUGGUAAAUAUUUACAAUCAUUUUAUUAAUUAAUUGGAUAUAAUAAUAAUUAUAACGCGGUAGUCCGGCAGAUAAUUGUGAUAAUUGUGAACCCAAGGUUAAUAGAAUAUACCAACGAUUUGAACCAACGUUACUGGAAUCUUAUCAUUAUUUUAUACUGCUGUAAUGAUAACAAAACCAUGAUGUUAUGGCAGUUAUGCAGGAUUUUUUUCAUGUACAGACGCCAGACGGCAGGCUCGUUUGUAACGGUCCUGUUGAGUAUUCGUUUCUAAUUUUUUUUUUAUUCCGUUAUUAUUUUAAUCAUUUUGUUUUCAUUAUAUUUAAACUUAAUCAUUCAUCAAUUUCGACGUUGAAAUUUUUUAACGAUUUUUGAAAAACAUCCAACUGAGCGAGGUACGUUGUGUGAAACAUGGAAAUGCCGAAAGAAGAACUCGUGACCACCACAACAUUAUCACCGAAAGCAUUGGCAAAAGGUAUGCAAAUGUUAUGCAUUUUAAUCGUGGCCGAAUGUACAGCUGCUGUCAUGUCAUAUUAUUUUCGAUUUAUUACAUUUUUUUUCUUAUGUUCGAUAUCAAUUAUCAAUUUUGAAUUGGCAUACAAAAAAAAAAAUAUACGUUUGAAAUUAACUUUUUUUUAUUAUUUAGAUGUGGGUAGUCCCAAGACGCCUGUCCGAUCUAUGUUUGAAGACAGUUCUGAUGAUUCAGAUGAUAUAGAAAGUCCGAAUUUUCCACAUCUUAUACCUGUGCAUUCUAGACGGAACUCGUAUGAUUAUGAUAUGGAUGAUGUGCGAAUCGGUUGGGAUGAUGGAUGUGGUAGUAUUUGUUAUAAAGACGAUGAACAGGGUAAGAAAAAAAAAAUUACAGUAAAUCCAAAAAACUGAACUAAAUAAGAUUGAAUUAAAAAAGAGAACAUUUUAUUUAACUCAAUUACCAACAUAAGUAUCACCUAAAAAUUAUAGUUAUUUUUUAUCUAAUUUUUGUAAUUUUUAUUAUAUUACUAUGAUUAAAAAAAAAUUGCAUUUCUAACUAAAUGACCAUAUUCGAAAAAGGAGUGUAACAAUUAUUAUAGUUGAUUUAAUUUAAUCCCUUUUCUCCGAACAUUUGAUACAGCUAUAGUUUUACCUGUCUAUAUGUCUGUACAUUUAUUUCUUAAUUUACCAGAAAAUUGUUCUUAAUGUCUUAAUGCCUUAAAAUGUAUUUUAUUUGAUUCAAUUAUAGAUGACAAGAAUAAUAGGAAUAUAAAAAGAAGAAAGCGUGGCAAAUUAUUUUCUGAACGUCGCCAUCGAUCUUUUUCUCAUAGAUUUCAAAAUAGUUCACCUUCCCCUAUACGCUCUACUAUAAACACUGCUCAAGUUCAGGCAGAACUGAAUGAUUAUCUUGGAUGUAUAUUGAGUUGUCUCAGUAAGUAUUUAUAAUAAUUAAUAGUAUUACCAUCAUAUCUACUCAUAUUACAUAAAUAUUUGGUGCCAAAUCACUGGUUCUUACUAUUUUAUUUGGGUUAUCUCAGGGUGGGUAUUUAUCCCCAUUACUUUUACACUAUUCAUCAAACAUGUAAAAACGUCAAAAGUAAAUAACUGUCGCCUAUUACAAAGUGACUUCAAUUUGUAUGUUAAAAAUCUUGAUUUGGGCUUUAUAUCACUGAGCACCAUUCUAACCAAUGUAAAAUAGGUGUUUAUCUGAUUCUUAAACUGAGUGUAUGGCUGAUAACUGACCACGAUUGGUCAUUUAUCUUAUAAACUCCAUUUCAAAAUCAACGUUUAUCUUAGUGAGAGUGUUCUCUUUUGAACGGGCCUAAAUAUGCCUCAAUUUCUUUUUAGAAAUCACAUUUGGAAUUUAAUUACUCAUUGCAUAUUGCAUAUCUUGCAAUUGAGGGUGGGUACUAUUAGGUUGAAUUUAAAAUUUUAUAUUAUCUGCGACCUACAUACUGUGAAUGAUAGGAUUCAUCUUAAAGGGUUCAAUAAGUUUUUAAGUUUUGGUGCAUACUCUUUAAAAAUUGAGCAGAAGACCAUUUUUCAUUAUUAUAAACUUAUAUCAAGUAGAUUACUUUACAGUCUUAAAUUGACAGACAAAUUAUCAUGAAUUAGGUUUUUUUAUUAAAUUUAUUGAUGGAUCAGUUGAUUUUCCUGAAUUAUUUUCUAUGGUUGUAAAACUCCUUGUGUCCGAUUUCCUUAUCAUUUCUCUUUGCCACUGUGGAUGACAAACCACUCCAGUAAUCUACAAAUUUACCAAACGAUGCUUAUUGCCAACAAAGAAAAAUCUUUUAAUUUUUAAAUAGAUUGUAAUAUACUUUUGUUUAUGCAGGAUGAUCAAUCCAUCAUGAGGUACUCAUUAUAGUGGUGCAUUAUUAGAAUAAUUCAAUCAUUUUUGUGACAUGCUGCCACAAAAAUAAUGCUCCAUUACUCUCCUCCGAUCUAAACAUAAAAAUGGAAUAUCUUUUAAACAAAUUUGAUGUAAAUCAAAAAUGUCAACACUAAAAUGUAUUUUAACUAAUACUUGAAUUAUUUAUGAAUUUUUUUUUAUAUAGACUGCUAUUUUUAAAUCAUAAGUAGUGGUUUUAACCCCAAAAAUAAAGGUGACAAAAAAAAAAAAAAAUGUAAAUAUGUAGAGCUGCUAGUUUCUUUGGCGUUUUAUAAAACAAAUUCCGAAAAAAGUUAAUAGAUUCUAAGAUAAGAGUUAUCUCUGUAUAUCUUCUUUUUAUUAAAACUGACCUCACUUUUGUAUUAAAUAUUUAAUUUUUUUAAAUUUUUAUCUUUACUUUAAACCAUGAUGUUCAAUAAAAUAAAAUAAUUAUAUACAUUACCUCAAUUUUUUUAAUAACUUAGUCUAAAACUAUGUAGUCAAUGAAAUAAUUUCCACAUUUUAUAUAGUUAAUUAAUUUUAGUUUUGAUGAGUCAAAAUCAGGUAGUCCACACACUCUUUAUCCACAUACGGUUCAACAAAUGAAUACCAAAUAAUAGCAAAUAGGUUUUUGAAAAUAAAGAAAAUUGUCACAUUAUCAGAAAUAAUAUAUAUAGUGAAACAUAACAAAUAUUACAUCCUUUUUAAAAGUAAUAUCAAUUUAAUUGGUAACUUAUUAUAUAAAUACUGAUAAAUAUCCAGUUUUGGGUUAAAUAUAAAAAUGUUCAAAAUAUUAAAUUAUUAAAAGGGUGAACAUUUCUUAUGUUAGUAAUAAAGAAAAAUUGUCUAUAUGUAUUGGAAGAAAAAGGCUACUGCUAAAAUUAUAACAGAUAAUAUUUAUUACAUCUAUAAGAUGUAUUUAAAACUUAUUGAAAUAAAAAUGUUUCCACGUUAUUGUUAAUGGUUUCAAAUCUGAAAGAUAAAACUUUGUACUAGUUAUUUUAUGAAUUUCAAUAUUGAUAUUCAUGAUUAUUUGGAAACAGUUUAGGAAUAAAACAUAAAUGGAGUAUUCAGUUGAUAUUAUUAUGUUAUCAAGAUAUUUUUUUUUAAAUUUUUCAUGAGUUCAUAUUAUACUCUUAUGUUAAGUUUAUAUAGGUGAUAACUUUUUAUUGAAUCUAUUAUAAAAACUUUUAUGAAAUGUAAUGUAAUAAAGGUAACAAUCAUCCUGUAUGAUAAGUGUGGCAAAGAAAGACAAACUAAUUAUAAUUACCUAUAAACUAUAUGAUACUUUAAUAAAUUAACUUACUAACCCAGAAAAAGUUAUUAUUUAUUUUGUUAAAAUGAUUUCAAAUAAUUAAAACCAGUUUUAAGUAUUUGUAUACACACUUGCCUUCAAUUUUUAAAAAACUAGUUUAAAUUAUUUAAAAAUAUUCUAACUGCACCAUACAAAAAUAAUAAUUGACUGCUCAACAAUAAAAAAUGUUAUAAUGCUUAAUCAAUUCAUCUAUUUAUAUUAUUAUUUGAUUUAUCAACUUAAUGUUCUAUUAUAAUGUAUUCAAUAUAGAUAUUGACUAACUUAUAGACUAUAUGAAUUGAUUAGUCAAUCUCAUAGUUUUCUAAAUUUAUUACAUUAACUGAUAACAUAUAUAAAUAAUUGAUAAUACUGGUAAAAGAAAAUAGUUUUCUACUGAUUUAAAAUUAAUAUAUGUUUUUAUUAUAGGUGCUAAAAAGAGAAAAAGACAACUAAUGAAAUCAAAAAUCAAUGCUGCUGGCUCUUCUAAAAAUGAUUCAACAGAAAAUAAUGAUAUUAAUCAGUUCUUAAACGACAAUGCUGAUGAUGAUAUAAUGUUUACAUUUAGUCAAGCAAUUGAGAAAAAAUUAGAAAAUGAUGCUAUUUGUAAAAUUAAUAACAUAACAAAAGAAAAAGAAAAUUCUGUAUCAAUUGAUGGUAUAAGUCCUUUAAAAAAUAACAAUACUAUCAAUAAUAAUGAUAAUAAUACAUACCACAUUGCUAAGAAGUUUAAAGCUAUAACAACCAAUCAUAUUAAUGAUGAAAAUACAUUUCUAAAUAACAUUACUGAUAACAAGGAUGAUUUUUCGUCUAUGUUUAAUGACUGUGAAGAUGACUUGUUUUCAGCUAUUGAUUUUGCAAGAAUCGACCAGCAAACUUUAUCUACUAUUGAAGAUACUACUUCAUUAUCAAUUGCACCAAACUCUAACCAAGUCCUUGAUGAUCAACAACAAAACAAUAUUUAUUGUAAUAAAACACAAUUUAAAAACACCCAAGGUAAUAUAUCUAUUUUGUAAAAUAUUUUAGGUAAACUAUGUUAAAAAACUUAAAUUAUUUCUAACUCAUUCUAUUAACUCUAUUCCUUUGUUUUAAUAAAUUAAUCUAUGGAUAUUUAUUAUUAUACUGAUCAUGCUUUACUUUUUAUAGUGUAGAAAUUGCAAAUAUCAAAUAAUUCUUUACUAUUUUUUUAAAUUUUAUUUUUCAAAUGUAGACUUUAAUACCUUUUAAUGUAUUAUUAAUUAUUGUUAAGUAAACCUAUAAAAUAUUAAAUUAAUUUAAUCAAUUUUAAAAGAGGACUAUCAGUUUCAAGCUUUUAUACAUUUAUAUUUACUAUUUAUAGAAUUGCAUUCAAUGUUAAUGUUUAUAUUAAUAUUCACUAUAUACUUUUGUGUUUAGCAUUGAUCACAUCUACUUCUAACAAUAAUACAAAUUCAGUCUUGUGGCGGAGAUCUGUCUCUUCUUCAUCAAUUGUUAAAAGACAGUUACAACCAACAAGUUUAAAACCAAGCAAUGAUAUUAAUAACUCAUUAAUAUCAAAUAACUCAAAGUAAUAACUAAAUAUUAAUAUUUGAUCUAAAUUUUUUUUUUAUUUUCAUUGUAAUUUUUAUAUUAUUGUAUAUAAUAUGUUUGUUUUUAGGAACAAUGGUAAUGCUGUGUCAACUAAAAGAUACUGCACUCCUGCUGAAAUUGAAGAAAAAAAAAAUUGUGCUCGCCGGUUACUAAUGCUUAAGUUCAAAUCCAAAAAUAAAAGUUGCUCUUAAUUUAAUACCAAUUAAAAAUAUUUUUUUCGUUUCUUUCCUGUCUAUAAAUUAAUUAUUUGUAACAGUGACAAUACAUUAAUUAAUCUAUGAUUUUGUAUAUGCAUAUUUGUCUACAAAUUUAAAUUCAAUUUUUUUUUAAAUUAUAUUUAACUGUAUAUACAAUGUAUUUAUUAUUUAUUAAUUUUCAUUUAACCCAAUUACAUGAUGACAUCAGAUUAACAUAAUAAAUAGUUGGUUACACAUCAACCAUACACAUCAUACAAUAAAUUAACUGAUUACACCCAUAAUUUAUGGAAUGAGUUGGCACUAGAAAUAUAUGCCAUCAAAGAGGAAUUGCUGGAACACUAAUGUUGACACGAAUUAAGGAAGUUGGAAGAAGUUCUUCUUAAAAAAAAGUGAGUUUUAAUUUAUUUAGUACAGUAGUUUAUUUAUUUAUAAAUUAACAAUUGAGCAAUUUAGACAGCCAUUUGAUACAUUGUUUAUUUUAAUAAUUCAUUGAAUUAUAUUGUUAUUGUAAUAAUAUAAAAAGAACUAUGACUGGUGAAUGGUGGUGAAGAUUGUACAUAGGUCAUAAUAUAAAAUGUGUUAUUCAACCACUUCUUAUGGUUAUUUAUUUAUAUAUAAUAGAGUAUAUAUAGAUAAAGUAAGGUACAUUUUUUUAAAAAAUGUGACUUAUUAAAAUUCAUGUAUUAGAAUUUAUUAAUUGAUCAUACAAAUAUAUAUUAUUUAAAACAAUUGUUGUUGUGAUGUGGAACAGUUCAGAAUAGUGUCUAAGCAUAUAAAUUUAGUCCUGGCGUUUGAACUUCUGAGGCUAAUAUGAAUAUGGGGCAUUAUUUAUUGGCAAACUUGUAAUUAUUAUUCUUAUUCUAAGAACUAAUAAUUAUUUGCAUAAAAUAUAUUUAAUUUGUAUUUGUAAAGGUGAAGCAGCAUUAACUGGUUUACUGUAUGUGGUGGAUGUUUCUGAUUGGACAUGUGUUUUAGCUUCAGUAAAAGUUUACAAGUCUCAAUGAACACUACACAAUACUUACCUGGAGUUGUUAGUAUUAAGAAGCCUCCAAAUUUUAAUACAUUUUAAUAAUUAUUUUAAAGAUACCAGAUAUAUUAAUCAAUGUUUAGUUUCUAGACUAGAUGUUGAAAUGUAUGAAUAAAAAUAACAAUAUGAAUAUAAUAUGAUGUAUAGUAUAAUAUUUCUGUACAAUUAUUUAUUUGUAGUUAUUAGUUUAUUGAAAAGAAACAUAAGUCAUAUUUUUAAAUGUGUAUUGAUACAACUAAAAUCUAUAUAUAAUGGUUUAACUACACUUGAUCAGCCUAAAUUUUUCAUAAUAUAUUUGCAUAUCCUAGUAUAUAUUAUAGUGUAGUGUAUAUUAUAGUAAACCUAAGUUAACUCCAAAUAGACUGCUAUAUAACAAACCAUUGACUGUUAAACAACUCUAUUAGAAAAAAAGAACACUGUAUUAUAUAAUCAGAAAAAUGUAUUACAAAGCAUGCUUGUUUUGAAUUAAUAAUUAAAAUAUGGUUACUAAGUAAUAGUCAUAUUAUGUAUAAAAAAAAAUUAUUAUUAUUAUAUAAAUAAUAAUGAUAACUUGUACCUAAUUUAUUUAUUUGUAUUCCACUACCUAAUUAUUUGUACAUAUUUCUUAAUAUUUGAUAAUGUUUUGAUUUUAUUUUGAUAAAUUUCUAAUUAUAGAACAGUGUUUCUCUACCUUUUUACCACCACAGACCGUUUGAAUAAUUUUUAAUAGGGCGCAGACCACUUCAAUUGAAAAGUUCCCUGUAACAACCACAUAAGUCCACUUUUUAAAAUUGUUCAGGAGAAACAAAAUUGUAAAAAUAAUGGAACAAUUUCUGUUUCACUAAUAACAUUUUAUACAUGUACAGCUACAAUUUAUUUGCUAAACAUAAUAAUUUUAAACAAAUAUACAAAUCAAAAAAUAUAUAUAAAAUUACCAACAUGUGGACUUAUAUAAGUGUAAAAUAG